AUGAUGAGCAUUGAAGAUGGCCAUGAAGGUGUUCCGGGGUUAUCUCAGCUGGAUCCCAUCUAUUCAUAUAUUGCUGUCAUUGUCAACGUGUGCCCAACUGAGGUCUCAUUUGCUAGCCCUGCAUUACGGGCAAGAAAAUUUCAAUUGCAUCCGAUACAGAUGGUGUCAAGCGAUAACAUUGUCAAGAACUCAACAUACGAUGCUUCUUCUGGGUGCUUCACAGUGCCUGCAAGGACCACUUCAGUAUUUGUUGAACCUCGAAACAUCUGA